CCGAACCCGGAAGCGGUUUCCGUGGUGACGCCCUUAGCGACGAGGCGAUGGCAGAGAAGUUCGACUCCUUGGAGGAGCGCCUGGAGAAGUUCCUGGAGAACCUCCGGCAGUUGGGCAUCGUCGUCGGCGAGUUCCAGCCCAGCAGCCAGGCGGGCCUCACCCAGAAGCUGAAUUUUAUGGUUACUGGUUUGCAAGAUGUUGACAAGUGCCGGCAGCAGCUUCAUGACAUCAGUGUGCCUUUGGAAGUCUUUGAGUACAUAGAUCAAGGCCGCAACCCUCAACUAUAUACUAAAGAAUGUUUGGAAAGGGCUCUGGCUAAAAACGAGCAGGUGAAAGGCAAAAUUGUUACCAUGAAGAAAUUCAAAAGCUUGUUGAUCCAAGAGCUGACAAAAAUGUUCCCGGAGGACAUGGCCAAGUACAAAGCUGUUCGAGGUGAAGAUCCUUCUCCUUGAGAGAGAAGUUUGUUUUCCACCAUGGCACAUUUGUUUCCUCUGGGGACUGCAGAUCGGCUGCUGUGACAAUAUUGACUUGCCCAGAGGACUGAAGAAAUCAGAGUUUUCUGCUGGGUGAUGUUAUGCGAAACGUUUUGUUCCUUGGCCAGAGAGCAGGCGGAUUCCCAUACUGGAUAAUGGCUUCAAGACUCUUGGUUUUGGCAGCUGCCUUCUCAUACUGUCUCUCAGCUCUGUUGUUUUUUUAAUAGGUUGUUCAGAUGUUUCAACAUAACCUGCCAUGAGAGAUAGGGAAAGCAGUCUGUUGUUCUUGGUGCAGUCAACUUAAAAAAAGAAGCAGAAGAAAUGUCCAUGCUUCUUGUCUCUGUCUUAAAAAUUAAAGGGCUUGUUUUGUUUUGUUUGAUGACACUGAAGGGCAGCUGGAGUACAAUUUGUUUCUCUGAUUCUGUACGAAUGAACAAGCCGAAAUGUUUGAAGCACUGUAUCGGAGAAACUUUCUAGCAUUCUCAAUUUUAUAUAUAUUAUAGCAGUCCCCUUUCCAGCCUUUGGAGACUGCAGUUUACUUUA